AUGAGACAAGAUGCGUAUCAAGUUCUUCAAAUAAAUCGAAGUGCAAAAGAUAAUGAUAUAAAAUCGGCUUAUCGACGAUUAGCAUUGAAAUAUCAUCCAUUAAAAAAUCCGAAUGAUCCCAAUGCAUAUGAUAAAUUUAAUGAUCUUGCUGUCGCAUAUGAUAUAUUAAGUGAUCAUACAAGACGAGCUGUUUAUGAUCAAUAUGGUGAAGAAGGUUUACGAAAUGGUGUGCCAAUAGGUUCAAAUAAUGAAUGGAGUGAAGGAUAUGUAUUUCAUGGAGAUCCUGAUAAAGUAUUUCGAGACUUUUUUGGUGGUGAUAAUCCAUUUGCAGAAUUUUAUGCAAGUGCUGAUCAAGAUCGAAAUUUAGGUUUUGGUGGUGUAGAUGGCCGUGGUCGAAAGAAAAAAGAUCCCCCAAUAGUACGUGAUCUUUUAUUGUCACUUGAAGAUUGUUAUCAUGGAGCAAUAAAAAAAAUUCGCAUCAGUCGACGAGUAUUAAAUGAUGAUGGUAUAACAUCAACUAUUCGUGAAAAAAUUCUUUCGAUUACUGUUAAACGUGGUUGGUUACCUGGUACAAAAGUAACAUUUGAAGAUGAAGGUGAUCAAGGUCCAAAUAAUAUUCCAUCGGAUCUUGUUUUUAUUGUCACAGAUAAACCACAUGCAAAUUUUCGUCGAGAAAAUGCAGAUCUUAUUUAUACAGCUAAAAUAAAUUUAGGACAUGCAUUAACUGGUAUUACAUUACAUAUUGAACAUCUUGAUGGAAGAACACUUGAUAUACCGAUCAAUGAAAUUGUCCGUCCUGGAUAUAAAAAACGUAUACCAAGUCAAGGUAUGCCAUUAAUGACAAAUCCAGAAAAAUAUGGAGAUUUAAUCAUUGAAUUUGAUGUUGAAUAUCCACGUGCAUUAAAUUCAGAUCAAAAGUUAUAUAUUAAAGAAGCAUUAUUAACUAAUCAACAUAAUACUAAAAAGCAACAGCAACAACAACAACAUCAACAGAAUCAACAUCGAAGAAAAAAUAAUACAUUGGACGAUUAA